CCGCCAGAAAGGAAUCGACGGAGAGUCGGAGGGACCCUAAAAGUUAGGGGCGGGGAUACCAGACUUGAACCUGCUCACCAGCUGAGGCUGGAAAAACCGAGUGCUGCAGAAUUCUGGCCUCCGAAGGGUUUGAGCUGGGGAGAUAGCGUGGGCGUGGCCCUUAUCUGCACACGGACAGGAUGGACUGCUCCUAGGGCCUCUAUCAGUCACUCACUUUCUCGGGUUCCCCCUAUCUCGUGGGUAAGUUCUGGCCUCAGAACGAAGACCUUACUCGUCCACCAGCACGUACACGCGCGCCCUGCAUUAGUUGUUCAUAAAUCAGCCUUACGAUGGGCCGGACUGUGAUAGUACUUGGCGGAGGUAUCAGCGGAUUGGCCGCAAGUUAUCAUCUGAUCCGAGGCCCCAGUCCUCCUAAGGUGAUCUUAGUGGAGGGCAGCAAACGUUUGGGAGGAUGGAUCCGCUCAAUCCGAGGAUCAAAUGGUGCGAUCUUUGAACUUGGACCUCGAGGAAUUAGGCCGGCUGGAGCCCUGGGAGCCCGGACCCUGCUCCUGUUUCUCCUCUUCCUGAGGGCUUGUGGAGAGCAGGUUUCUGAACUUGGCUUGGAGUCUGAAGUCUUGCCUGUCCGAGGGGAUCACCCAGCUGCCCAGAACAGGUUCCUGUAUGUAGGCGGUACCCUGCACCCCCUACCCUCCGGCCUCAGGGGGCUACUCCGUCCUUCACCCCCCUUCUCAAAACCUCUGUUUUGGGCUGGGUUGAGGGAGUUGCUGAAGCCCAGGGGCAAAGAACCUGAUGAAACUGUGCACAGUUUUGCCCAGCGCCGCCUUGGACCUGAGGUGGCGUCUUUAGCCAUGGACAGUCUUUGCCGAGGAGUGUUUGCUGGCAACAGCCGUGAGCUCAGCAUCCGGUCCUGCUUUCCCAGUCUCUUCCAAGCUGAACAAACCCACCGGUCCAUAUUGCUGGGGCUGCUGCUGGGUGCAGGACAGAGUCCCCAGCCGGAUUCCUCACUAAUUCGACAGGCCCGGGCUGAGCGAUGGAGCCAGUGGUCACUCCGUGGAGGGCUGGAGGUGUUGCCCCAGGCCCUUCACAAUUACCUAGCAAGUAAAGGGGUCACUGUCCUCAGUGGGCAGCCAGUCUGCCGGCUCAGCCUUCAGCCAGAAGGGCGCUGGAAGGUGUCUCUAGGGGACAGCAGUCUGGAGGCUGACCACAUUAUAAGUGCCAUUCCAGCUUCAGAGCUCAGCAAGCUGCUCCCUGCCGAGGCUGCACCUCUAGCUCGAAUCCUGAGUACCAUCAAGGCAGUGUCUGUUGCUGUGGUUAAUCUGCAGUACCGAGGAGCUUGUCUGCCUGUCCAGGGAUUUGGGCAUUUGGUGCCAUCGUCAGAAGACCCAACUGUCCUGGGAAUUGUGUACGACUCGGUGGCUUUUCCUGAACAGGAUGGGAACCCCCCAGGCCUCCGAGUGACUGUGAUGUUGGGAGGUUACUGGCUACAGAAGCUAAAAGCUGAGGGCCACCAACUGUCUCCAGAGCUGUUCCAGCAACAAGCCCAGGAGGCAGCCGCCACACAGUUAGGACUGAAAGAACCACCAAGCCACUGCCUGGUCCAUCUACACAAGAACUGUAUCCCUCAGUAUACAAUAGGCCACUGGCAAAAACUAGACUCAGCUAUGCAAUUCCUGACGGCCCAGAGGUUGCCCCUGACUUUGGCUGGAGCCUCCUAUGAGGGGGUCGCUGUCAAUGACUGUAUAGAGAGUGGGCGCCAGGCAGCAGUUGCUGUCCUGGGCACAGAAUCUUAACAGCUGACAAGCCCCCUGCCCCCCCCCCAUUUCCUACUCAUGAAAGUAAAAGUUGGUAGAGCUUGGUUUGCUCUUUA